UGAACUGAUACUACUACAUUCAUAUGAGUAUUUAAACAAUUGCGAAAUAAAGAAACAUCACAAUGGGUCCGGUGGUAGUGAUCACACAUAUAGAGUAAAGCGGGCCGGUUUGACUUUUUAAAAACUAAACCACUUUAAUAAUAUGAUACCGUGUGUGCCUCUCCACACUUCCCUACACUGUAAUAAUAUAUUGCGAGUAGAGUACCUUAUAGUAUGAUGUGUGGUUCGUUUGUAUGUUGUCUCUGUAUUUAAAAAGAAUUGCCUUAUUGCCCCCAUCAAGUUCAAUAAGUGAUUUCAAUGAAGUUUGAUUAUAGACAUAAAUGUUGUGUUGAUUUAUGGCGCGGCAAAACAUUCUAUUAUUGUUGUUACAGUGCGGAAGUGUUUAUAUUACACAAUUUUUAUAUUUAAAAAUGUUCAUAUUUUUAUUAGUAAAUAGUGUUCUUAUACAAAUAAUAUCUGGUGAUGUUUUAUUAACACCUACAAAUCAACAACAAUCAACCUUAUCGUUAUUAUUACCUGACACAUCUGGUAUUGAUGGACAAUUAACGGCUAAUUAUAAUAUUGAUAAUUUUUUUUCAUUAUGGUUGGUUUUUCAUAAUGAUGAUAUUAAAGUUUCAGAUCAGCCAUUUACAAUUUUUGCUCCAAUCAAUUCAGCAACAAAAGAUACAAAUAGUUAUUUAAGAAAUUCCGAACAUGUAAAAAAUUUACUGUUAAGUCAUAUUGUACUGGGCACACAAAUUGAUGUUGAAAAACAAAAUACUACCGAAGAAAAUUAUGAAACGCUGAGUGGUCGAACAAUACACAUUACAAAGAAAAAUCAAAAGCUUUACGCAAAUGAUGCAUUAAUUAUUAAUCAAAAAAUACAAUUACCUGCUGGUGUUAUUAUUAUCAUAGACAAUUAUGUUUUGGGUAAAGCAAAUUUAAAUAAUACGCAACAUCCAGAAAAUAUUCCUGUUAAUUUGUUGACAACAAUUUCUGGAACAAAUGGUAUUAAUUCAUCGGCAUUAAUUCAACAAACUAAAAAUACAAAUAAUACAAAAUUUAUUGACAAUAUUUAUCAAGUGUUAUCUUUUUUCAAAGAAGGCGUUCGAGUAUUUCAACAUUUUCUGUCGAAAUCCAACGUCUCGAAAGUACUUAAGGAUGGUCAAGAGUAUACAGUAUUAGUACCAUGCGAUUCAGCAUUCCAAAGAUGGCACCCUAUAGAUUGGGGAUUUUAUCCAUUUUCAGUUCCAGAAUUUACUGAAGACGUUAUUCGUAAUCAUUUUAUAAUUGGAAAUAUUCGACAAAACAGUAUAAAAGGGGAAGAAGAAGUAAAAACUUUAGGAGGAAGAAUUCUUAAAUUUAGCUUAAAGCCGACUCUCAAUGUGAAUGGUGUAACAAUUGCAAAAGGUGAUACUGCUGUAAAAGGUGGGAAUUUAAUGUUUAUUAACGAAGUUUUAUUCGUAAGUGAAAGCAUUGUAUCACGGUUACAUCAACAGCACAAGGAUAAAGAAACACCACCUUUGUUAGCCUUUCCAUGGUUUGGAGCACAAUUUUUAUCACACGCAUUUCUAGCAUUAGAGGGUGACAAACGUUUUACACAAAUGACUAGAUUUUUGAAUUUAGCUGAUUUGGCGCAGCAUGUUUCGGGUACGGGAUAUACAUUUUUUGUACCGAUUGAUACAGCAUUCGAAGCUCUUGGAUUGAACAACAUGCCGGAUAAUUAUUUAUCAACUGGUGAUGGUUUGAAAUUACUUUUGAAUCAUUUUGUUAAGAAACGUUUAUACAAACGUGAUUUUAUUAAUAAUACUACAUUGACGACGCUUGGUGGAGAUAGUAUACGAGUCAUCGAGGAAAAUGGAAAUAUAACAUUGAAUGAAGCUCAUGUGGUCGAAGGUGAAGUGUUCGUCUAUAAUUUGGGAACGAUGUAUUUCAUUGAUAAGUUACUGUUUCCUCUUCCGAAUACUCUACAAGAAGUGAUUCCCACAUCUUCAACAACUAUUACAACAAUGAUAACAAGUACGAGGAAACAGAGUACAGAAACAAUUCCAGAAGAAUUAGAUGUAGAAGUUGGUACAUCCACGGAUUUACUAUUAGAAGAAAGUACAGAUGAUGGCCAAUCAAAUACAUAUCAAGUACCAUUCAUUUUAUCGAAUAAACUUAAUAUUAGUAAUCCAAUCAAAUAAACGUCCGACAACAAAGUAAUAAGUCUUAAUUUUGUGAUUAACGAUGAAUAAAAAAGAAAUGUUUUACAAAGUGCCUCAGAAUAAAAGCAAAUUUUCAAAAUUGGUCCUCGAAUUCAAGAGUCUCUAAUUACAGACGCUGUCUUAUAAAAAAGUUCAUAAUCAACAAUGAAGCAAAAGCAUAAUUAUAAUUUUUUUUAAAUUACUACUUAUAGUUAAUAAAUAAUUAAUUAUUAAACAACAGACAAACCGCAAAUAUAAUCUUAUUAUAUCUCGAAACGAAAACAUUUCUUGAAAAAUGUAUCGCUGAUAAUUUUUAUUUUAUCAGUCCUGGAAUGACAAUUAUUCUGAGACAUUUUGUGCGUACUUUUUAGUGAUUAUGUAAAUUGCAGUAUUCAUUGGAAAGUAUCUUUUGCAUCACUUUUUGUGUUUUGGAGAUUAAAAUUGGUUGUUACUGUAUUUAGCCACAAUAUUCUUUAACAACUGAAAGACAUUUUUUCUACUAAAAACAGUAAAAUUAAUUAAAAAGAUACCUAUUUAUAAAAAUUUUAUGCAUCUCUAAAAUAUAUUGUAUGUAAAUUAUUGAUUUUAUAAUCUACUCCCCUAUUCUAAAACCUUUGUUAACAAAUCAAAAUUUUUACCACAAAAGGAAAUGAUAAACAUUGAAUUACACCUUGGGACCAUGACAUUCAAAGUUAAACUAAAACCAAUAGUUAAAUGAGGAGAAAAAUAAGUUUUAGUAUUGGGAAAUUCCCUUCUUCGAAUUAAAUGAAAAAUAUUGAAAUCCAAAUUGUAAUAACAAUUUGUUGUAAAGAGCUUUUUGUGGAAUAUCAUUGUUAUAAAUAUAUAAUUUCCAAAAUUUAUUUUUUCAAAGUUCGCUUCAUUGUAAAAUUGUUAAUGACAUGUUUCGGUGUUUCGUUCUUUUUAAAAUGGUUUAACACCUCGAAACAUAUCGAUUAUACUAUAAGUAUAAAUUUUUGAAAUUAUACAUGUAAUUUUAAGUCAAAUCAUGUAGGGGUUUUUUUUACUUUUAUGGGGAUUUAUGAAAGAUAACAUUCGACCCAAAUAUCUCCCAUUUAACGAAAUUUCGAACUACAAAAAUCGCCAAGUGAUCACACUUCAACAUUAUGCCUGGAAUAACUUCUUGAUUAAUCUAUUUGUUUCUUUUUCAUAUUUUAAUAUUGAUUCAUAGAUAUAAAGCAUAUAGUUUUAUUUCAGUGAAUUCAUGUCAGAUGGUUGUGUGGCAAUAAUUAAAAAGUCUCUUUCUACCACAUAUCAAAAACUAAUAUCGAAACAAAAUGCAAGUAAUUUCUGUUGGGAAAAAGAAAAGACAAAUGUAAAAAAAUUAUCUGUAAAUUUAUGUUAGUACAGUUGCCAAAGGUAUUUUUGUAUGAAAAUCUCAUAUUGUAUGGUGAAAUAUGCUGAAAAUUUGAGAAUCCGGGCCUUUAAUGAGCCAUAAUAUGUGCCAUCCUUACCGUCCUGUUUCAAUUCCGUUUUCAGACAACAAAAUUUUAGCUUGAAAUAACCGUCGAAAGAAUACAAAAUACGAUAAAAAUUUUCAGUUACUUUCAAAUAAUUAGCAACAUUAAACCUUGGGUAACGGUAUAUUAUGUUAAGAAGUAAUAAAUAAGACAAAAUUGCCAUUUAGGUAUUUGUUAAAAAUGAAGAAAAAAAAAAUGUCCAUUGUUGAAUAUUAUACUGGAUGCUAGAAAAGUACCGAAACAAUCAAAGAACUGAAAAAAUAAUAAUUUUAGAAAAAAGUUGUAUACAAAAGUCCCAGAUUUUUUUAAAAGUAUUAUUAAAUUCAGACCUUGACUUUCAAAGUCAUUAAAAAUCAACUCUUGCUGAUAACCAGCAAGUGAUAGAGAAAAACUUUAAAUUAGAAAGAUACCACAACAAAAAAAAACACUUAAACAAGAAAAAAUGUUUUUUACAAAAGCUCCUGGGUUUUGAAGAGGAGUAGUAUUCUAAUGCAAAGUUUUCCUCCUCUUCUAACUAUUGUGAACUUUUUAAUGACCUUUAAAGUCCGAUACUUUUCUAACACCUGUAUAUGUGUAGUUAUAAUUUAUAUACAAUAAUGGUUUAUUACGAUAAA